GCCUCCAAAAGCUUAUUGUUGACUAGCAAGGCAGAAAAAGAUGAACAUCAUCAAAAGCAAAGAAGAGCUUGCUCUACUCUUUGCAUUUUUCUUCAUAACUUGCGGGUAUGCACAAGACACCCUUGUGCCAGCAAUCAUAACAUUUGGUGACUCUGUUGUGGAUGUUGGGAAUAAUGACUAUCUUCCCACUCUUUUCAAAGCUGAUUACCCUCCUUAUGGUAGAGACUUUGUUAACCACCAACCUACUGGGAGGUUCUGCAAUGGGAAACUAGCUACUGAUAUUACCGCUGAAACACUGGGUUUUAAAACUUUUGCACCUGCAUAUCUUAGCCCUCAGGCAUCAGGGAAGAACCUCCUUAUUGGAGCAAACUUUGCUUCAGCUGCAUCUGGUUAUGAUGAAAAGGCUGCUAUUUUGAGUCAUGCUAUCCCAUUGUCCCAACAGUUAGAUUAUUACAAGGAAUAUCAAAGCAAGCUGACUCAGGUAGCUGGCAGUAAAAAAGCAGCCUCAAUUAUCAAGGAUGCAUUGUACUUAUUGAGUGCUGGUAGCAGUGACUUUGUGCAAAAUUAUUAUGUCAAUCCUUUUAUCAACAAAGCUGUCACUCCUGAUCAGUAUUCCUCGUACCUAGUGGAUGCAUUCUCAAGCUUUGUUAAGGACUUGUAUGGAUUGGGAGCUAGGAAAAUUGGAGUGACUUCACUCCCACCAUUGGGUUGCCUACCUGCUGCAAGGACUUUAUUUGGUUUCCAUGAGAAUGGUUGUGUCUCAAGAAUCAACACUGAUGCCCAAGGAUUUAACAAGAAGAUCAACUCAGCUGCAACAAAUCUUCAAAAGCAACUUCCUGGUCUUAAGAUUGUGGUCUUUGAUAUUUUCAAGCCUCUCUAUGAUCUUGUUCAAUCCCCUUCAAAAUUUGGUUUUGUGGAGGCAAGGAGAGGUUGCUGUGGUACAGGAACUGUUGAGACAACAUCCUUGUUGUGCAAUCCAAAAUCACCAGGAACUUGUUCCAAUGCAACACAGUAUGUGUUUUGGGACAGCGUCCAUCCUUCACAAGCUGCUAACCAAGUUCUAGCUGAUUCAUUACUUGUACAAGGCAUAGGUCUUAUCUCAUAAGGACACGUGAUUCUAAUUAUCUCUGUUCAAUGUUCUCGUCUCGUGUGCAACUACUCAUCGUGGCUGGAAGUGAUGCAAAAGUUUUAUAUAUUUUCUGAAGUCUGGAGGAAUCAGUAUUCUAUUUAGUCUGGAGUAAUCUGUAUUCUAUAUAUUUUAAAUCUUGAGAAAUUUCAUAUUUACUCGUUUGUAAUAACAUUUUAUAAAAAGAAGAAAUCUCUACUUAGUAUUUAUAAAUGCAUUGUUCUAUUUUUGUAAGUUA